UGACACCAGUCUUACCACUCUUACCGAGGUCCCUCUAGGCAGUGAGAGGGCUGGUGUUCUGUGUUAAAAAGGGAGAUUUGUGUCUCUCCGGGCUGCUGGGAAUCCCUGAGAGGCUAACACACCCCAGCUGUGGCACUGGUUCAUUUGCAUGCGUGGACAGUAACUUCACAGAGCCCUCACAAGUUCAGCCACAGAGCACGCAGUUCGCAGAAGCCUUCCACCGGAGCUGAGCGUGCAGGUCCCUGACGAAGGGCAGGAAAGGGAUAGAAGGUUCUAGAAUCUGCAUGCUCGCUUCCCCGAUGAUGGCCAACAGCAGUGCCCCCGUCUGUUGUGCAUUUGAGACGCCCAUCAUGGACCAGGUUCUGCCGCCGGUCCUGUUCCUGGAGUUCCUGUUCGGGCUGAUGGGCAACUCCCUGGUGCUGUGGACCUUCAUGUUCCAUAUGGACACCUGGAAGCCCAACUCCGUUUACCUGACUCACCUGGCUGUGGCUGACUCCGUGCUGCUCUUCUGUCUGCCAGUCAGGGCUGAGUAUUACCUACAUGGAAAAAACUGGAUCCACGGCGACAUCCUGUGCCGUCUCCUGCUCUUCCUAGUGGCCUGCAACCGGCUGGCGGGCAUCUUCUUCCUAUCAACCGUGGCGGUGGAUCGCUACCUCAGGAUUGUCCACCCGCGCAACCGAAUCAACCGGAUGGGGGCAAGGUACGCUCAAGGGGUGGCCUGCUGCCUCUGGAUGCUCAUCCUCUCCAUGACGACCUACCUGCUCGCAGACAAGCACUUCUUCUUCCGCAACAACAGAACCCAGUGCGAGAGUUUCAACAUCUGCAUGGGCUUUGACCCCGUCUCUACCUGGCACAAUACCUUGUACAUGGUCCAGUUCUUCUUGUCUGCCUCUGUCAUCACCUUCAGCACCGUUCGCAUCACCUGGCAGCUCAAGGGCAAGAUAGAGAACCGGGCUAAGGUCAAGAGGGCUGUCCAAUUUGUUCUGACCACGGCACUGGUCUUCAUUAUCUGCUUCUUCCCCAGUAACAUCUCCCGCAUCGCUGUUGUAGUCCUGAAGUACCAGUACAAUGAUUGCUCCUACUUCACAGAGGUCAGCCUGGCCUUCUACUCCUCCCUCUGCUUCACCUACUUGCACUGUGUGCUCAACCCCAUCAUCUGCUACUUCUCCUGCCCUGCCUUCAGCAGAACCUUCCAGAAACUCUUCUACGGUCUCCUCGGCAGAAAGCAGCCUCAGGAAGAGUCGGCACCCAACAAUGAGGAAGCCGCCAAAAAUGACCAAACUGCCUACAGCAACCAAACCACUAACAACAACCAAGUCACCAGCAAGAGCAACAAGAACCACAACAGCAGCAGCAGAAGCAACAACAACAACAACCGCAACAGGAACAACAACCGCAACAGCAACAACAAUGUAUGAAUGAUAUUCACUGUAUUUCAUAGAAGUUAAUGAAAUUCCACUCUGCAGAUUGGUGGGAUAAGGCUGGAGGGGCUUCAGUAAAACUGCAGUACUUUUUGUUCAGAAGAAAGAAGUUGCUUUCAUUGGCGUUUUGUGCAAUUUUACAGUGCAACACAUGCUUAGUAGUUUAUUCAUCAUUACGUGUGCAGCAAUCUUUGAAAUGUAGUGUGCUGUUAUUCCCCUUUUGCAGGAAGUGUGAGAGAAAAAAAAGCUUCAUAUAGGCUGCGUAUGAAAAUUUGCAUUAAUCAUGAAUUGUAAGGCCAUUGUGUGAUGUGUCCAGAGAGAGCUGGUAUACAAAAGCCCUCUUAGUCAAAGACAGGCCUGGAAAUGGAAAUGAUGGGGUUGUAAAUUUAUUUAAUUUUAUAUAAUUUUACAUUUUUACUGAGAUUUGGAUUAAACAUACAGUCCAACAUACCUUACAGAGGGCAAUGCAGAUAAAAUGCCUCAUAUUUGCAGUCACACAUGUAUAUAUAUAUAUAUAUAUACACACACACACAGAUGGGUGACAAAUUAAGGAAAUAUCUGAAUACAUGAGUGAGCAUAACAAAUCCAAAUAAGGAAUAACAGAAGAGCACCUGUUUCCUCAGGUGACUAAGAAUGUCAAUGCAGGAGGUGAUCAGACUGUGUCAGCAAGAACAGUCCACCGACAACUACAUGAAGAGAGAUAUUAUCGUAGGGUUGCAGUGUGUAAACCCCUCAUUACAAAGACGAA